AUGAACGAAAACGAAAUAGACAACUUGAAAAAUGAAUUGGAACAUGAAAAAACAUGCAGAGAGUCAGCUGUAUGGCAAAAUGGAGAAUUGGAAAAACAAAUAGUAUCUAUUCAAGAAGAUUUAAGAAAAACUGAUUAUCCGUGGGAUGGUGAUGGUGAUUUACAAAAAGAAAGUUAUAAACAUAAACAAUUAUUGGAAGCUAUCGAUAUAUUGAAGCAGCAACUGCCACUAUUGAAAGAAAAAAUUAGGGGCGCAAAAAUUUGUGGUCCAGAUUGUAAAUUGAAACAUGAUGAUCUAAACAUAAAUCUGGAUAUAUUGACUCCAGCAGAAUUACUGCGCACUGUUAAGCGUUUUGACAGACUUAAAACGGACUUAAUCAGUACUCUACGUAGCAAAGAAUGGCGUUUGGACUCGGAAUCAAAGCUCUUCGUUAGAGUUAACGACCAGAGGACAUAUCUACAAAAUGAAUUGAUGAUAUGUCAUAAUAAUAUAAUGCGCCUGCAGAAAAAUGGAAAUUAUUGGCAACAUGUCCCGCGCAAAAAUGACGAGAGAGUCAUAGAUCCCAAACGGGGACCGAUAAAGAAAAUAUUUGGUAACGAACGACUUCCGCCUAUAGUUACUUAA